AUGACUGAUCACCGUCGGGACAGCUUCCGCGAAUUUCUGCAGACUCUUUCAGCGAAACAGAACUCGCAAUUAAUUAGUGAAGAGAAGGCUAUGCGAAUCCGACUAGUUCUGGCGAGUGGAGAUGGAAAGCACGCGCGAGUUGACAGCCCUCGUUUCAGAUUUUAUGUUCGUAGCAAGGGAUUCGCAGUAAUCGACCUGCCCGUGCUAGGGCUGAAAGAAGUUCUUUGUGUGCCUGCACCAAAGGGAAGUGAAACAAAGACAUCUUUGCUUGGGAACUGGCUAAAAGUAGCGAACGUGUCUGAAAUUUAUGAUAUCCUCAUAACUAUCCAUGAAGGCUCUAGAGUGCACGCUGGAUAUCGGAAAGUUCAAAAGCAGUAUUUUGGCAUCCCGAGACCUGCAGUUCAACAAUUUGUGAAGACAUGCGUUAUCUGCGCAUGUAAAACGCCACAAAUGUCAGUAGCUACUGUCAAGCCGAUUAUUUCACCAGGUUUCAUGCGAAGAGGCCAGAUAGAUCUUAUUGAUAUGACAGUAGACCCUGAUGGAGACUUCAAGUAUAUCGGUCAUUAUAUUAACCAUUUUACCAAAUUCAAUUUCCUGUGGCCUCAGCAUAGGAAGAAGUCAGUGGAAGUGGCCAGAUGUCUUAUUAAAAAUGUCUUCAGUGUUGUUGGUCUCCCACUUAUAUUACAGCAUGACAAUGGGAAAGAAUUUUGCAAUAAGAUCAUUCGAAAAGUUGUUAGAUUAUGGCCAGGAGAUUGCAAAAUUGUGACAGGUCGUCCACGCCAUCCUCAAUCUCAAGGCCUUGUAGAACAGGCCCAUAGAACUGUACAACAUAUGCUUGCUGUCCGUCGUGCAGAGUAUCCAGGAACGGGAUGGACCAAAUAUCUUUCCUUAGUGCAAUAUGCUAUGAACACACAAAUCCAUAGUGCAAUCAAUGUGGCGCCUUAUGACGUUGUUUUUGGACAGCCCCCAACAGAUGGUGUGUUUCCUGGUUGCCAUAAAGAUGUUCAACCUGAAGAAGAGGAUUUGCUGAAGGUUCUAAAAGAUAUUCCUACAUUGACUGACGAAUAUGGCAACGAUUCCCCUGAUGAAGGAGAUGGUCAUGUGGAGGAUCACACAGUUUCUACAUCUAUAAAUCAACAACCACAAUGACAAAGACAAUGAUGGUAUAGAAACGUUGUUAGAAGAUAUCCCUACAUUGGAUAAACAUGAUGGCAAUGAUUCUUCUGAUAAAGGAGAUGAAGAUGAUGUGGAGAUGGCCAGAGUUUGUAGAGGUAUAUUAUAAGUCAUGUGUGUGUGUGUGUGUGU